GGCAGCCAGGGAAAGAGAUCGAGGUGAACGCUUGCUGUAUGGCAAUAUGAACAGGCUGAGCCCUGGCCCAGAACGCGUCUGGAGCCGAUCAAUGCUACGCCCAAACCCAAAUAAAUACUUGCUUGCUUGAAACCCCACCAUACCCAAAAGCUCACCCAGCGCCCAGCGACCCCCCGGUCCCUCCUUUAAGCCCCCAAUCCCCAAAACCUCCCACGCCAGCAGCCCAUCUUGCCAGGCAGACUCGUCCAGCAACCGUACCGCUUGAGUACACCGGCCUAAGCCCGCCAAUAUAACCAAGCAAUCGGCCUGUCAGUCAGUCAGUCAGCCACGCACCCGGACCCCGCAGUCCACGAGCGAGUCUGAGCGACAGAACGAAAAAAAAACAGGCAAGAGCAGCCACCAUGGAGGACCAGCUGGCCCAGCUGCUCGCAAACACCCAGCUCCCCGCCGAAGAGCCUCGAAAACGCGCAGAGCUCGACCUCAAACAUGCCCAGACAAACCCGGCCUUCCCAGUCGCCCUCGCCAACAUCGCCGCCCACAACUCCGUCUCCACAGAAAUCCGCCAGGCCGCCCUGGCAUACCUGCGCCGCUUCAUAGAGCACAACUGGGGCGAGGAGGGCGACGAUGGCGAGGGCCCCCUGGUGCCCAUCCCCGACUCCACCAAGGAGCAGCUGCGUCAGAAGCUGCUGGACCUUGCCCUGAGUGACGAGCCUGAUCGCAAGGUCAAGGCGUCGGUUAGUUAUGCCGUUGGCAAGAUUGCGAACAAUGACUUCCCCGAGAAGUGGCCCUCACUGCUGCCCUCCCUCCUCGACGUCAUAGCCAAUGGCAACGACAUCCGCCUCUACGGUGCCCUCAAGGUCCUGAGCGAUAUCGUCGAGGAGAGCCUGACCGAGGACCAGUUCUUCUCCAUGGCCCGCCCCAUCAUCGACAAUGUCUUUCGCGUCGCCGUCAAUGACGGCCGGAAGCCGACCCUUCGCGCCCUUGCGGUACACGUUUUCCGCGGCUGCUUCGACCUUAUGGACAUGGUGAAGGACGACCAUCCCAAGGAGGUCAAGGGCUUUGCCGAGGAGUCGCUCAAGAAUUGGCUCCCCUUCUUCUCCCAGGUACUCCAGGUGCAACUGCCUGAGAGUUCCGAAGAGGCCCCGCAGCGGGAAUACAGGAACGGCAUUAUCGCCUUCAAGCUCCAGGUGGUCAAGACACUAAUGAAGGUCAAGAGCGUGUUCCCCACACUCCUGCUGCCCCAGAGCACUGCAUUCUUCCAGGCCGCCUGGCACGAGCUCUCGCUCCUCCAGGAAUCUUACAAGUCGAACUACAUAGAUAACGGAAGCCAGGGAAGGCUGGAGGAUUCCGAUGGGCUGCCCUACACCCUCGAUUUCCUGAUUCUGGAAGAACUCGAUUUCCUCAACCAGUGCAUGAGGGCCGCGCCAGUGCAGAAAGAGCUGGAGGCCCAGCUCGGGGCAGGGCCCGCUCAUGAAAUUCCCUGGAUACUGGACCUUAUGAAGCUGCUGGUAGCUUACAGUCGGAUUACUCAUGAGGAGGAAGAAUUAUGGGACAUAGAUGUCUCGCUCUACCUUGCCGAGGAGACUUCGGUGACUGCUAAUUACACGGCGCGUACUGCUUGCGGAGAUCUCCUAAUAAAAGUUGGAGAAUGGCUCCACCAACGAGCGCUGGAAGGCCUCUUCGCAUACACCAAGAGCCAGUUCUCUGGCGAGAAUGACUGGCGCUCGCAGGAGGCAUGUCUGUACCUGUUCAACAUGCUCAUCAGCGACCUGCAAGACCGCUCAGAAGCUGUUCCUCCUGAGGUUGCUCAUGCCCACAUGGACCUGAUUGAUUAUGCCAUCGGCCAAGAGCAGCCCCUCCUUCGCGCUCGAGGCUUUCUCGUUGCUAGUACAUUGGCCCAAAUAUACCCACCCGUUGCUGGGAUCGUUGACAAGACGAUUGAAUCUGUCAGCCGAGACAGCUCGGAGCUUGUCCAAGUCGCUUGCGUCAAGGCCGUUGAAGGGUUUGUCAGCUCUAGCAACGUGCCUGCGGAUCGCCAGGUGCAAAUGCUGGUGGCCAUAAACGGCUUCCUCGAUGGAAAGGACAUGACUGAUCUCAUGGAUGCGGAUGACCUGCUAGUCACUUUGGCUGAGGCGCUCAGAGCAGUCAUUGGCAUCGACCCCAGGGUCACGAUCGCUUCAGACAUCAAGUCGAUUGACUUGCUGUUCCUGAUAGCUAAGCACGGUGCAUCAAACUUUCAAGUCACGGUUCUAGUGUGUGAGGCAUUCGAGGAGCUUGUGCAGAGCCUUUCAGACUCGGCAUCUUACGCAGCUCUGUGCGCCAAGGUCUUGCCGACUAUCACUGGGGCCUUUAACGUUGCGGAUAUGACCUCGGACGAUCCACUUCUCACCCUGGCCUGCGAGCUCCUGGUACCAAUCGUCCAGAACGGGUCUGAACCCUUGCCCGCGGGCUUUGUGGCCGCGACUUUACCCAAGGUGAAGAACAUGCUGCUGCAGUCUCCAGAGGGCGAGGUCCUGCGGCCUGGCGCUGAAGCGAUCAAGUACAUGUUGAUGCACGACCAUCACCAGGUUCUCGGCUGGCAUGAUGAGAAUGGUCAGUCUGGGUUGGAGACAUGCCUCAUCAUAAUUGACCGACUCCUGGGUCCUAAUAUCGAGGACAACGCGGCCUCCGAGGUUGGCGGCCUUGCUGCAGAGCUUGUGGAGAAGGCAGGCCCCGAGCGUCUCGGCCCCUAUCUGGAAAAACUGUUGCAGGCGGUGGCGAACCGACUGGCGACCGCCGAGGCUGCCCCUUUCAUCCAGUCCCUGAUUAUUGUCUUCGCCCGUCUGUCCCUGAUGCAAGCGGGUGACGUUGUACAGUUCCUCAGCAACAUUGAUGUCGGAGGACACAACGGCCUGCAGGUGGUGCUGAGCAAGUGGCUGGAGAACUCUGUCAACUUUGCAGGCUACGACGAGAUCCGACAGAAUGUCAUCGCCCUCUCGAAGCUGUACUCGCUUAACGAUGCACGCCUUGCUCAAACCAUGGUCAAGGGCGAUCUCAUCAUGCAGCCUAGCGACGGCAGGAUAAUGACGCGGUCGCGGGCCAAGCAGAACCCAGACCAGUACACCCUGAUUCCCGCAACUCUGAAGAUACUCAAAGUCCUGAUCGAAGAACUGAUCUCAGCGUCCGGUGUUCAGGGCGCGGCCAACGCUGCCGCGGCGGCGGCGGCGGAGUUUGCUGACGCGGAUGAGGACGAUGGUGAUGAGGGUUGGGAAGACGAGUUCGACACCGUGGGGCUGGGGGCCAAUGCACAGACUCUGAUGAACCUAGCCGAGGGUGCCAACAGCAGGAUGCGGGAUGACGAGACGCAGCAGUACCUCUCUGAGUUCUUCGUGCGCGCUGCGAGAGAGAACAUUGCUGACUUCCAAAACUGGUACGGCAUGCUUACGGACGAUGAGAAGAAUAAGUUGAAUGAGCUGGCAACGGCUCAGUAAGGAGUUGAGUGCUCAGGCGAAGGAAUGGAGGACACAUUAUAGAAGCUGGGAGGUUGUGUUGGAGUUAUUCCAAGUUAAAUCCCUCCCCCGAGACCACCUACCACCAAAGCCCGUUUGGCCGUCGUUCCAGAGGCAAGUUCGGAUACCAUCGCCAAUCGCGCCAGUUCUAGGUGGAAUGUUGGAGAUAAAAUAGCUAUGGGUGGAAAGAUUAUCAUUGUUACUGUGGCACUUUUUUGUUUUGUCGAUACCUACUCUCUUCAACCUCAUGCACAGAUAUUCCCAAGACAUUGUGAGCACAGCCCCCACAAACUCACUUUCUGAUCUCUUUUACACACCGGUAAAUACAUGUGGUCCUGCUUGCUUGGAAGGGACCGGGAAAAUAAAAGUAGAUAAGGCCGUGCCAUUGCUAUGGCCAAUAUGAUACUGGUUUCGCCGAGUAUCUCAUUCGUGACGCCCAAUGUUGACAUAGGAAG